AUGGCAUCGCACGUUUCAGAAUUAAAAGGCAGCGAUGUCGAGCAGAUCGAGAAGGUAGAUUUGUCUCGACUUAAUCAAGCCCCAUCACCUCAACACUAUGAGCCCGUGACCGAAGAGGAAAAGGCUCUUGACCGAAAGAUCAAUUUGAAACUGGACGUUUUUGUGACAUCGAUUCUUUCGAUCGGUUUCAUUCUAUGCGGCAUUGACAAAACGAAUGUCGGCUUCGUGGCUACGAGCUCAUUCCUCAAAGAUGCGAAUCUCUCAGCAGACACCGUUGGAAACGCCCUCUCGCUCUUUUCAGCUACCUAUGUGCCUUUGCAACCGGUAUCUUCCAUGAUUGCUCGCCGUGUCGGUCCGAAAUACUGGCUAGCAGUCCUUCUCAUCGUCUGGGGUGCACUAUGCAUGGCCCAUGCCGGCAUCAAAAACAAUGCCACCCUUAUAGCACUGCGUUUACUACUUGGUGCGGCUGAAACUGGUUAUACACCCGUCGGUUACUACCUGAUGUCGUUAUGCUAUCCUAAAUAUGCACUCGGUUUGCGUAUGGGUGCGUUCUCAGGAAUGUACUCCGUUGCCGGCGCAUUUGCCGGUCUUAUCGCAUACGGAUUCUUGCAAAUCACCUCGUCCAGUCUCAAAGGAUGGCAGCUUCUGUUUCUGUUUGAAGGUGGAUUGACCAUUCUCGUGGGCAUUAUUGUACUGUUCAUUCUGCCUAAAAGUCUGGAGACAGCCUGGUUUCUGACUCCUCUUGAGCGUCAACAUGCCUUCAACCGCAUGCAAAGAGACUAUAUUUCGCACAUUGACCUGGCUUCCGAUGGCAACCAGAUUGAAAAUGACAACAAUGAUUCCAUCACCAUGAGAGACAUCACUGAUGUCCUUAAAGACUGGAAGAAGCUGUUGAUUAUACUUUUCAACAUUCUUGCAGUUCUACCCGUCACUGCAUUCACAACUUUCCUUCCCCUUAUGGUGCAAGGCAUGGGCUACUCGGGUGUGAAGGCUACUUUGAUGAGCGUACCCCCAUUCGUCGUUGGUACUGUCGGCUUGAUAAUCAUAGUAUGGUCUAGCGACAGAUUGCAGGAGCGAUCUCUCCACACGGCUUUUGGUAUGGCACUAGCUUUAAUCGGCUGUAUAGUCAUGGCCACAUCUGAUGAUCCCCGCUUGCGAUAUGGAUUCUCUCACGUAUGUCUGGCUGGAGCGUUUGUUGCUGGUCCACUAGUCGCUGUAUGGCUAGCUGGUAAUACUCCUCUGCGAGGGCCUCGAGCAUUCGUAUUGGGUCUCAAUGGCUGGACCAACAUUGCUGGAGUCAUUGCUGGUCAGAUUUUCCGAGCAAAGUACAAACCAUCAUACAAAACCCCUCUUGUCAUCACCAUGGUCUUGAUUGCUGUGGGUAUUGCCGGAUUUAUCUUCGUGCGCAUCAUGUACCAAAUCGCAAAUCGCCGUAGGGCCAGACUGAUUGCAACUUGGGACGAGACCCGAAUUGCAGAGGAAAAAAGUUCGGAAGUCAGAAGAGGAGAUCAGCAGUACACGUAUUUCUAUGGCUACUAG